AGGGUCGUGUUCACCUGCAUGGCCACGGCCAACCCCGAGAUCAAGGGAUACAGGUGGGCCAAAGGGGGGGUGAUCAUCGAGGAGGCCAAGGAGAACAGGUACGACACGCAGGUGGAUUACACCUUCUUCACCGAGCCCGUGUCCUGCGAGGUGCACAACGACAUCGGCAGCACCAACGUCAGCACCCUGGUGGAUGUCCACUUCGCCCCCCGGAUCGUGGUGGACCCCAAGCCCACGGUGACCGACAUCGGCUCCGACGUCACCCUCACCUGCGUCUGGUCCGGGAACCCCCCGCUCACCCUCACCUGGACCAAGAAGGAAUCCAACAUGGUCCUGAGCAACAGCAACCAGCUGUACCUGAAGUCGGUGACGCAGGCCGACGCCGGCCAGUACGUCUGCAAGGCCAUCGUCCCCAGGAUCGGCGUGGGCGAGAGGGAGGUCACCCUCUUCGUCAACGGGCCCCCGAUCAUCUCCAGCGAGCCGGUGCAGUACGCGGCGCGCGGCGACCGCGGCAAGGUCGAGUGUUUCAUCGGCAGCACGCCGCCACCGGAUCGCAUCGCCUGGGCGUGGAAGGAGAACAUUCUGGAAGCGGGAACGCUGGAGCGUUACACGGUGGAGAGGAGCAACACGGGCAGCGGCGUCCUGUCCACGCUGACCAUCAACAACGUCAUGGACGCCGACUUCCAGACGCGCUACAACUGCACGGCCUGGAACAGCUUCGGGCCCGGCACCGCCAUCAUCCAGCUGGAGGAGAAAGAGGUGCUGCCCGUGGGGAUCAUCGCCGGGGCCACCAUCGGCGCCAGCGUCCUCCUCGUCGGCUUCCUGGCCGCCCUCGCCUGCGUCCUGUACCGGCGCCGCAAGGGAAGCCGCAAGGACGUGACGCUGCGCAAGCUGGACAUCAAGGUGGAGACGGUCAACCGGGAGCCGCUGACGCUGCACGCGGACAGGGAGGAGGACACGGCCAGCGUCUCCACGGCCACGCGCGUCAUGAAGGCCAUCUACUCGUCAUUCAAGGACGACGUGGACCUGAAGCAGGACCUGCGCUGCGACACCAUCGACACCCGCGAGGAGUACGAGCUCAAGGUCCGCUCCCGCCGCAAGGACGUGACGCUGCGCAAGCUGGACAUCAAGGUGGAGACGGUCAACCGGGAGCCGCUGACGCUGCACGCGGACAGGGAGGAGGACACGGCCAGCGUCUCCACGGCCACGCGCGUCAUGAAGGCCAUCUACUCGUCAUUCAAGGACGACGUGGACCUGAAGCAGGACCUGCGCUGCGACACCAUCGACACCCGCGAGGAGUACGAGCUCAAGAAAUUCCCAAUCCUCCCAAACAAUUCCCAAGGAAUCNGCCUGGGCUUCGGCACGGCGGUGGGGCUGGAGCGGGGAGCCUACGACGCCUACGAGGCCGUGGGGAAAUUCGGGAACGCCGCCCGGUUCUCCUACACUUCCCAGCACUCGGACUACGGGCAGCGCUUCCAGCAGCGGAUGCAGACGCACGUUUAGGGGGGUUGGGGAGGGGUCUGCAGGUACCUCACGAGCGUCCCCUGAUAUUCAGGGGUUGGUUCCCACGGGUUUUCCCGGAGAUUCCGUUCGUUCCCGCCGUUGUUUUUGCCGGUACUUUUGCCGCCCCCCCCUGCCCCGCCCGGAGGAGGGUGAGGAGUCGGUCGGUUCCCGGGGUUUUCACAAGGAGAGGAUCGGUGGGAUCCCGGAUCCCGAGGGACGCGCAGAUCCCAGAAAUUCCCCGAUCCCAAAGUGUUCCCAUUCCUCGAUCCCACUGGGAUCAGCGGGAGGGCUCUGUGGGAUCCCGGAUCCCGAGGGACGCGCAGAUCCCAUAAAAAUUCCCCGAUCCCAAAGCGUUCCCAUUCCUCGAUCCCACUGGGAUCAGCAGGAGGGCUCUGUGGGAUCCCGGAUCCGGAGGGACGCGCAGAUCCCAGAAAUUCCCCGAUCCCAAAGCGUUCCCAUUCCUCGAUCCCAUUGGGAUCAGCAGGAGGGCUCUGUACGAUCCCAGAUCCACAGGGAUCCCAAAAAACAUCCUCAUCCCAAACCAUUCCAUUCCUCGAUCCCAUUGGAGGGCUCUGUGGGAUCCCGGAUCCACAGGGAUCCCAAAAAACAUCCUCACCCCAAACCAUUCCAUUCCUCAAUCCCAUUGGAGGGCUCUGUGGGAUCCCGGAUCCGGAGGGACGCGCAGAUCCCAUAAAAAUUCCCCGAUCCCAAAGUGUUCCCAUUCCUCGAUCCCACUGGGAUCAGCAGGAGGGCUCUGUGGGAUCCCGGAUCCGGAGGGAUCCCAAAAAUCAUGCUCAUCCCGAACCAUUCCAUUCCUCAAUCCCAUUGGAUCUGCUCUGCGUGAUCCCAAAUCCAGAGGGACGAGCAGAUCCCCAAAAAAUCCCUGAUCCUAAACCAUUCCAUUCCUCGAUCCCAUUGGGAUCAGCAGGAGGGCUCUACACGAUCCCAAAUCCACAGGGAUACACAAAUCCCAAAAAACACCCUCAUCCCAAACCAUUCCAUUCCUCGAUCCCACUGGGAUCGGCGGGAGGGCUCUGUGGGAUCCCGGAUCCACAGGGAUCCCAAAAAUCAUCCUCACCCCAAACCAUUCCAUUCCCCGAUCCCAUAGGAUCUGCUCUGCGCAAUUCCAAAUCCACAGGGAUCCCAAAAAAUUCCUCAUCCCAAACCAUUCCCAUUCCUCGAUCCCAUAGGGGGAUCCCAUAGGAGGGCUCUGUGGGAUCCCAGAUCCACAGGGAUCCCAAAAAACAUCCUCACCCCAAUCCAUUCCAUUCCUCCAGGGCUCUGCAGGAUCCCAAAUCCCAAAAAACUCCUCAUCCCAAACCAUUCCCAUUCCUCGAUCCCAUUGGGAUCGGCAGGAGAGCUCUGCGCGAUCCCAAAUCCACAGGGAUGCACAAAUCCCAAAAAAUUCCUCAUCCCAAACCAUUCCCUGAGAGCUCUGCGCGAUCCCAAAUCCACAGGGAUGCACAAAUCCCAAAAAAUUCCUCAUCCCAAACCGUUCCCCGCCCGAUCCCGGAUCCAGAGGGACGCGCAGAUCCCGAAAAAUCCCCGAUCCCAAACCAUUCCCGUUCCCUGUGCCUUGACUCCGGGGCCACCCCGCCCUCAGGGACGGCUCCGGCCCCGUUUCCCCUCAUCCCAAAAAAUCCCCCCCGGAGCCGGAGGAGGCCGCGGGAAUUUGGGAAUUUUUGGGAGCAGCCCCUCCCCCGUUCCACGCGCACAUCGUUCCCGUGGGAAAGGCCGGGAUCCCCGGAUCCCCGGGAUGAUCCCAAAGUUGGGAUCCUCCCAUGAAUGUGAAUCCAGGUGGGAACGGCAUUCCCGGGAAUUCCGGGAGAACCGAAGCCUUGGGAUCGGGAGCUCGGCCACGCCCCGCUUCGGGAAUUUGGGGGAUGGAUUUGGGAGGGAAUUCCCAAAUUCCCGAAUAAACCCUGAUUUGGGGAUGGGGGAGUUUGGGGGAUGAAUUUCGGAGGGAAUUCCC